AUGGAUGCAAAGCCACAACGCCCCGUGAGGGCUCUUCGUAUACGCGAUGAGAACGCGGUACCUCAGCUACCUGCUGGCAAGACUCUGCACUCGCGCAACAAGUCAACACCAGCCCUAUCAACACUGGUGCAGGCCGGCGGCAUCAAGGCUACAGCAGCCAAACGCACUGUGUUUGGCGAUGUUAGCAACACCACUCGACAGCCUGCAGCCAAAGACGACAUGCAAAUAACAGGCAAAAAGAAGACUCUUGAGAUCCUCAAGGAUACUGCUGCUGUUGCUGUCAAGGAGACUGUCAAAGCUGGUACCCUUUCACGACCAGCACAACGACCAGCGACAAGCGUCUCUUCCAAAGAACACGCCUCCAAAGACGUUACCGAGGUCGCAACUGUGGCCCCAAAGCAAGUCAGCAUCGACACCAAACAAUCCACAACCAACGUUCGCAAGGCGCUCUCAAAGAAGUCAUCAACAGCUGUAUUCCAAGAGGCGCCCUCAAAUGCCGCUAUCGACGCAGCCGUCGCCCCCGUAACCUCGCAACAGCCUCUCCCUGCACAGUCAUCUUCAUUUCCCAACGUGGACCGUGCCUCAGCACAGUCCGGACAGCCCGCGACCAUUCCAGAAGAGGAAGAGAAGGCCGAGACAAACAACAAGGCGGAAGAUAGGUACGAGUACCUCGAUGCGCUCGAAGAGCAGGCACGCGCCUUGGAGCAAGAGCGAAAUGAAGAACUCGCCAAGUCCAAUGGCCUCAACGGCCUCGAACACGAAGAGUACUGGGACGAGGAGGAGGAGACCUACUACGAUGCCGACGGUUAUACCACCGCCAGAUCUCUUCGGUCGCGCGGCGACAAUACAACCGGCGGUGUUACCCUGAUUCUUGCGCCCCGGAUUACGGCAAAGACAGAACGCGAACUUGAGGCUGCACGGGUAUUCGUCGAGGCAAACCGGACAACUGAAGACGUCGAGGACGAGCAGUGGGAUACCUCGAUGGUUGCCGAGUAUGGCGAGGAGAUUUUUGAAUACAUGCACUCUCUCGAAGAGCGCAUGAAGCCUAACGCGUCUUACAUGGAUCAUCAGGCUGAAAUCCAAUGGUCAAUGCGGUCCGUUCUCAUGGACUGGCUCGUCCAGGUCCACAACCGCUUCACUCUCCUGCCCGAGACCCUGUUCCUUGCUGUCAAUUACGUCGAUCGCUUCCUUUCAUGCAAGGUUGUCUCGCUUGGCAAACUGCAGCUCGUUGGUGCGACUGCGCUCUUCGUCGCCGCCAAGUACGAGGAGAUUAACUGCCCAUCAGUGCAGGAGAUUGUGUACAUGGUCGACGGAGCCUACACAGCCGAUGAAGUCUUGAAGGCUGAGAGAUUCAUGCUCAGUAUGCUUCAGUUUGAACUGGGAUGGCCUGGCCCGAUGAGCUUCCUUCGUCGCAUAAGUAAGGCGGACGACUAUGACCUCGAGACACGUACCCUGUCCAAAUACUUCUUGGAAAUUACCAUCAUGGAUGAGCGCUUUGUUGGUUGCGCCCCUAGCUUUCUCUCUGCAGGUGCUCACUGUUUGGCGCGCUUCAUGCUGAAGAAGGGUGAUUGGUCACAAUCGCAUGUACAUUACUCUGGGUACACAUUGACUCAGCUCCGACAGCUCAUAACUGUCAUCCUUGAGUGCUGUGACAACCCUCAGAAGCACCAUGCUGCCGUGUACGAGAAGUACACUGACAAGCGUUAUAAGCGCGCUUCUAUUUUUGUCGAGGCAGAGAUUUCAAAGGGCUUUUCUCUGCCGCUCAUGUCUAGGGAUAGCCUGGCAACUCAGACUUUGAGGCGAAAGUGA